AUGGGCCACGGUCCAGUCUACCCGCGGUGCAUGCACAAGGACCUCGGUGAAAAACAGUGGAUUGCGCCUGGCUCAGCUGCCCACAAGAAGCUGAAGGCGAUUGCUACAGCACCCUUGUUUUUGAAGGACGUCAGGCAGCUGUCGCCUCACGCACAAACCUACGGCCUGGGGUCGUUUCACAGCGUUCUGAACAGAUUCGCACCAAAAUCAACAGCGUUUUCCUACGAAUGCAUGGCUGCACGCACUACGAUUGCCAUAAUGCAUUUCAACAAAAACAGCGCUCGGCUGCAAGCUGAGACAAGGGAGGGGCACAAGCAGUGGCAUGUGAAAGCCCCAAAAGCACGAAAAGGUGCACUAACUGUGUGCUCCCAUAAGACACCCGUGACUUUUGGAUAUGUGGAAAAACUGCAUCAACAAGUUCUGGAGCGCUGCAAGACACACCCGACUUUCAAAGUGGCACUUGCCGAGAGACCACCGAAAGUUCCCCCAUCCUUUUUCACCCAAGUAUUCAGUACUACCAUGGGAGCUUUGACCAACGAGAUGGUCAGCACCAUAUCGCAGGCAAAGUCGCGAUAUAAGCUAGAUUGGGCCUAUAUACAAAAAUGGCAAAGCCUCGCCGAUGCUGCCACAUCACUCCAUGACACUUCAAACUUCUGCAUAAGAGACAAGUGA